AUGACUACGCACCACGCUGCAAAUGAUGAGCUCAAGGCCAGCUCCCUGUUUGAUGUAUCUCACAUCACGGCAGUCGUCACAGGCGGUGCCACAGGCAUCGGUUUAAUGAUCACACAGGCACUGGUAUCAAAUGGAGCUAAAGUUUACAUCACUGGUCGCCGUACAGAAAAACUUGAACAAACCAAGAAGAUCUACAGUACGGGCCCUGGAAGUAUUCACGUGCUCCCUGGUGAUGUGAGCUCAAAAGACGAGGCUAUCCGAUUGGCGAAGGAAGUCGGCGAGAAGGAGCCGAAUGGUAUUCAUUUGCUUGUCAACAACGCUGGUAUUGCGAGGGAUGAUGAAACCAGGUUCUCUUUGGCAGGGGAACCUAAUAUGACUGACGCCCAAGCCAUCUCGGACCAUUUCCUGCGAACGAAGUCUGAGCAAUGGACAGAGACUUUGACGACAAACGUCGCAGGUCCAUACUACAUGUCUGUUGCCUUCUUACCUCUACUGGCCAAAGGACGCGACGCGAUACCCGGCUAUACGUCUCAGAUUGUUAAUGUUUCUUCCACGUCGGGAGCCAUGAAGGGGUCGAGCUGGGGCCAGCCCGUCUAUGCUACAUCCAAGGCCGCUCUCACCCACCUCAGUCGCAUUCUUGCGACCUUGUGCAAGGAUGUCAAGGUCCGUGUCAACGUCAUUGCGCCAGGACUCUUCCCUAGCGAAAUGACUACUGGAGAAUCUGACGAGGGCAACAAGAGCAAGAUCGAAAAGAAGUCGUAUAAUCCGGCUGGAAGACCAGGCCAUGACACUGAUAUGGCGGCCACGAUCCUAUUCCUUGUUGGGAAGGGUGGUUUAUUUUACAACGGUCAGAUUGUAUACCCCGACGGAGGCAACUUACUUGUACAGCCAGGUGUUGCGAACUAG